CCCACAACCUCCCUCAGUCACGCACCCACACCACAACCACCGUCUGCUAACCACCGGUGCGCCCUCGAUACCUGACGCUGGCCCCGUUCUGGGACUGCUCUGACCUUGUCUCCGCCACGGUCCUGGCCAUCGACAGCUGCGCGAGAGCUGCCUUCGCUCGCUGAAAGAGCUGCCGUCAAGCACCUCACCCAGGCCGACAGCAUGUCCUCCCUCAAGACGUCCUCUGCCGUCCCGGCCAACCUCUCUGUGCCCUCUCCGACACCCUCGAAUGCCUCCAGCAGCGGCACCAAGCGCAAGCGCCCGGCCGACGCCAUAAAGCCCUCGGCCUCGACUGUCUACUCCCAGCCUAGCGAAACCGGCACCGGCCUCCACAUUUUCACGCAGGUCGGCUAUGCGACCAGCUUUCUCCGCGAAUCGGGCCGUCCCUUGACCUUCAAGGAGAUCACCGACUACUUGAAUAUUGCGUACGACGAUACCGAUGUUCGAAACCGCCUUAUCAGCGUCUUGCAAAACCCGACUACGCAGAAAGUCCAGUACAACGCGAAGAGGGACACAUACAGCUACAAGCCCAAGAGUAGUGUGAAGACGCCCGAGCAGCUCAAGGGCUUCCUGCAGAACCAGCAGUCGGCUUGUGGUAUCACGGUCAAGGACCUGAAGGAUGGUUGGGCAGACGCUCCCGAGGCUAUCGCCGCCAUGGAAGCAAAGAAGGAACUGCUGGUCACCCACAACAAGAAGGACGGCAGUGCCCGCACAGUCUGGAUCAACGACCCCACGCUGAUGCACUCCCUGGACGCAGACUUCCUGGGCGAGUGGCACAAGAUUCAACUACCAGCAAACCCGGACGAGCUCCGCACGAAGCUACUCGCCGCAGGCCUAAAGCCGGCCAGUGAGGCGAGGGCAGCUGUGAAGGAGAAACCGAAGGAGAAGAAGAAAAAGGCUCCGAGGAAGGGCGGGAAGCAGACCAACAUCCACAUGGCUUCCAUCUUGAAGGACUAUUCCCACAAGAGGAAGUAAAGCCAUUUCAUUUACUGCAUAGCGUCGGCGUUUGGAUGAGACCCGGGAAUUGAUUUCGAGGGGUUAAAAGAUACCCUACUAGGCCUACAAACGGGGUCCCAAAUUGAUGAAUAGACAGAAGCUUGUGCUGCAACGAGAGGGGCUGCACCUUUUGCGGUUGAUUUAUAGAAGCUAGACAUAGCUUGAAGGCACAAUUUGACUGUAAUCAG